UCCACAACUCUUGUUUGCGCGCCGAUGCAGGUGACGCAUUAACAGGUGAAAGCUUUCUACACUGGGAAACGAAAACAUAAUUCUAUCAGCAACCAUUGCGUGAUCACGCCAGUGAAAGCAUUUGUUAUCUAAUCGACACACAAUUUCUGUGUUUUCUUCUUUGCACCAUCAGUGCUCCUCAUACCGCUUUUUUUUACUUUUUUACGUAUUUCUUUCUUUCUUUCUGAUGCGUGUAUCGAGUGAAGGUUACCGCAUUCCCAGAUUGAGCACGAGGUGAUAUGCUGGGCCUGUAUAUAGCCUGUAUAUUCGUGGGCAAUAAAGUUAGUCGUGAGUCUGGGCUCUCGCUGUUUCCAGUGCUGUACGUCUCUACUAGUUCUCUGCGCCAGUGCUACAACGGAAGAAGGAAGUCACCCGACGAAGCACAACGCAGUCGCCGACGUCUGCUUCGAGGACGACGGUCGCGGACAGCUCUGGGGCACGGCGAAUUGGUGACGGUGAGCAGCCAUAGGGUGAAGACUGACCGGAGCAGCGAGACGCAAGCGAAACAGCGGAUCAUGCUAGCAGAGACUUCGCGGCUGCGGGCCAUCCUCGUUGUUCUGCUGACGACUCCUCACCUCGUGAGCGCCUCCGGUCAGAGGCCCGUGUACAACAUCUACCACAUGGUGAACGCGAUCUGGCAAGUGGACGAGGGCAUGGAGCUGGAUGCCAACGCCAUCGAAUCGGACGUCGCCUUCGACAGUGACGGCACCGCGUCCUGGUUUUACCACGGAGUGCCGUGCGACUGCUUCAGGUGGUGUAACCGUUACGAGAAAGUGCCUGCUCUCCUGCGGUACCUCCGGCGAACAACAGACGGGGGCAUAUAUGAAAAGCGUCUCACCCUGCUAUUUUUGGACCUCAAGACCAGCAGUCUUUAUCCGGACAAGAAGUACGUGGCAGGCGUCGACAUUGCGAGAAAUCUCCUGAAUCAUCUGUGGCUUGGAGUCCCUGUCACGAAGGCGCUGAACGUCCUGCUGGCAGUACCCAGCGUCGACGAUGCAGAAGUGUUCCGGGGAGCGGUACAUACCAUCCAUCGCCAAAGGCCCGACAUGAUCGACAAGAUAGGAUUCGACAUCACCAACAACGAGGACCUGAACACUAUUGAGAAGAUGUACCGGCAACUCGGCAUACGAGGUCACCGGUGGCAAGGAGACGGUAUCACCAACUGCCUCUCUUUCCUUCGACCUGCCCGCAGGAGGAACAGCGUCGUCGCAAACCGCGACGAGGGAGAACCAUACGGCUUUGUCGAGAAAGCUUACCAGUGGACCAUUGAUAUUCCGCACCAGCUCCGGCUGUCUCUCAGGAAUAACGUGGACGGUAUAAUCACAAAUAGACCGGACCGCUUGGCAUAUAUUCUCAAGGAGAAAGAAUUUCGAAGCAGGAUGCGACUCGCCAACGUCUCCGACAGCCCGUGGACUCGUUUCGGAUGUCACCGCAACUGCGAAAGCAAGCCCUUCAUUUCAAUGGACGUUCUGAGUGACGACGGAAUCGAUGGGGCUGCCAUACGUGCUUAACUCAAACAGCCAGGAUGGCUAUAGAAUGAUUGGGUAGUCAUGAUUCCGAUGAAAGCUCGUCUGCUCAGUUAGCAUGUUAGAUUAAUGAAAAAUUACGCUCACUGACCAAGUCGAAAAUGAAAAGUUUGACGUUUCUGAGCUUACGUCUGAUGCAUUGAGAACAAGGAACCUGCUGAAACGACAAACUUUUCACGUUGGACUUGGUCAGUGACCGUAAUUUUUCAUUACUGCAGAACGAAUGGGUGUCCCAAGCAGUGAUGGCCGCGAAUUGCCUCCGUGGCAUUGCCUGCAUAGAAAACAACCGAGCGUGCAGCCAUACUGUCCAGGAGUGCCUGCCGUGCCUCGACAAGUGUUCAUCGCAUGUAAGCCCACAAGGUUUUCAAGCCAGAGCACGCGUACCAACCACUAAGAUGAAGCGACCAGUAAAAUUAAGCAACCGAGUUGCGACCCCACAGAAUGAAGAUUUUUAGCGCGCAGCGCCCGUUCCUGCGUUGAGCGUUGUCGUCGUCGGUGUAACCGAGCGAGUGAGCACAGCGAAGAAUGAAAGAGUGAACGCGGAGCGCAGCUGGGGAUGAAAGACGGCGAGAGCACGGAAAGCGCGAGUAGGAAAGCGUGGGAGGGUGAGGGUGCAGGGAUAGCAUGAGAAGAAUAUCGCAGGCGGAAAGCGUGGCGAAAGGGUGAGGAGGAAGGCAGAGUGCCGCACGAGACGCGCUUCACGGCAGUGGCCAGGCAUGCGACGAGCGCGUCCACCGAUGCCAUACAUGGAAACUAGAGCAAUGGAAACAAAGCGGUAGCCUGAGCUUCUGACCCACUGCGCAUACGAUACUUCGCCUGCACCGCCGACGCUAGAGAAUGCGCCCCGCACGAGCCCCGCAGACUCCGCGUUCCCAUUUUCACGCGUUCUUUCUGAACCGUGAGCGAUGCAACCGGUGGAAAUGCUUCGGCCGCCGCCGCUGUUAAAGAAGCUGCCUGAGGUGAGGCUCAGCGCCGCUGCCGAGAGGAUCCUGUCGUUCAGAAUCGAGCUCUAUGCCAAAAAAUAUCACGAAUUCAAAACACCUAAACAGUUGCGCCCAAAAUUCGCACUAAGGAGUAUCGUAAUCGGCCGGGAAUGUAAGACAGCGCUGGAGUUCGUCGGUGGUGGAAGUGUUAACUGCUCAGCGUUUAUUAUUAUUAUUAUUAUUAUAUUAUAAUUUAUAUUUAAAUUAUAUUAUUUAUAGGGGAAAUAUCAGCAUGGAAGAGAUAGAGCCGGGAUCAAUAAAGAAGUACCUUACUUUAUAAUCUAAUUAGAGCGCUGUAAUCGACGAUACAUACAAAGUAGAUAUAAGCAGAAUGCUAGACUACACUAGAUGUAUCAAAUCAUGAUUAGCUCAAGCGCAGACUAGGUUACUAUAUGUUGCCACCUUGCUUCAAGCGGAUGCCACCUCAUUGUGAAGCCAAGCACAGGAACUAACUCGACACAAGUCCUGGCUCUUAGAGGAGAGGAGUGCAACUGGCGGUGGUGCGGAGCAGACCGCCGUCA